CCAUUCUAUCUCAAUGUACAGUGUACCAAAUAUAGACGUUGUACACAAAACUAGUCUGCGGUUAUUUCGCUUCCUGAGCCAUUCGCCCCCGUCGUUUCGCUCCAAAUUGAAGUCGUUUCGCUCCCUUGUCAUGCAGCGUACUCCGUAGUACCGGUUAGAGUAAGGUGGGAAACGUGCCCCGUUCACUGACACAGUGACAGUCCAGUCCGCUGAUACCCCAACAGUGCGUCCGUACCCUACUUAUGCGACCUUUCAAAGAGAAGAGUAGAAACUGAUGAUGGAUUCAGAUGUGUCGUCGGAGCCAGUGACAAGGAGUGUGUCAGUUCCAAAAACCAUCCUCGAUCGUCAGCAUCUCAAUGAAUGGCUGAUGUUACAGAAGAGGGAACAAGAGGUUGCCCUAGAAACAGCCAGGUCUCUCCGCAGUCUCUCAAAUGAUGUUCAGGAUCCAGAGCUACAGAAAGAAAAUAUACUUGCUUUGCAGAAGAAGUUGGCAGAUGUAUUGUCAGUGCAGUCAAGCAAGCAGUUAAUUGUGAAAAGAAUGCAGCUUGGGUCAGAACUGCUGAAAUAUCUCUACCCACAUGCAGUGCAGGAUGGCGCUGGAGAUGGACCAGUCAUUGACAAUCAAAAGCAGAGAUCAAUCAAGACACUCUUGGAGCAGCAGACAUAUUGUGUGACAGAAAUACUUGAAAAACGGAAGAAACUGGAAGAAAAGAAGGCACAACUGGGGGAACUGAGAUCCAAAAACAGGGAGAUUCAGAUCCAAAAUAGAGAGCGUAUGCAUGAUAUCAAAGAGAAGAAAGAAGCACCACUAGGGAAGGAGAUUGAGAAAUAUCCAGAAGUGCAGAAUGCUAAGCAAAAUCUAUCAAAGGUGGUGGAUAAAAUCACAGUGGAGAGACAUCUUUUUCAAGGACUUAUAUCGGCGAGUGGAAUAAAUUGGGCGAAAGAUCCUGAACUGGCAGAUCUGAUGAUUCAGUUGGGGGAGACACCAAAGUUUGAAUAAUUGGACAUAGAUAUUGGUACACAGAUAAAUGUGAAGUCGUGCCAAUAAUUCUCGUCAGAGAGAUGCUUAAAGUCUCACCACUGUAAACUGAGCUCUGUUCCAACUACAUGUAUAUAUAUUAUUAUUUUCUAUGCUCCUCGGCAUCUUUAUGAUACAUUUUUAUAAUAAAUUGCAUUUU